GCCGUCACAGAGACAAAGACGCUUCUGAAGAGACUGACAUAUUAACAGGGCACAAUGUUAAAUUCUUUGUGGCUCAUUCUCAUAUUGGAUUUUGGAAAUGGACCUCCAAUCGAAGCUUUUCUGAGGUUGAUGAAUGGUAUCGGAUUUUGUUCUGGACGAGUGGAGGUUCUUUAUAAUGGAAUAUGGGGAACAGUGUGUGAUGAUGGCUGGGAUCUAACAGAUGCUGCAGUGGUGUGUAGAGAGAUGGGCUGUGGGGAUCCGAUCGAGGCAAAGAGUUUUGCUUAUUUUGGAGAAGGUUCAGGACAGAUAUGGAUGGAUGAUGUAAAUUGUGUUGUCAGUGAGUCUUCACUGAUGUUCUGUGGGACACCUGGAUGGGGAACACAUAACUGUGUGCAUUCUGAAGAUGCUGGAGUCAUCUGUGAAGCCUUUAUAAGGUUGGUAAAUGGCACUAACUCUUGUUCUGGACGAGUGGAGGUUCUUCAUGACGAUCAGUGGGGAACAGUGUGUGAUAAUGGCUGGGGUCUAACAGACGCUGCAGUCAUAUGUAAAGAGCUGGAUUGUGGGAAAGUGAUUGAGGCAAAGAGUGCUGCUUAUUUUGGACCAGGUGUAGGACCAGUAUGGAUAGAUGAUGCACAGUGUACUGGGAGUGAGGCUUCACUGGUGAACUGUACAUCAACAAAAUGGGGAAUACAGAGCUGUGAACAUUUAAAGGACGCUGGAGUCAUCUGUAACAAUGUGAAGCUGGUCGAUGGUUCCAGUGAGUGUGAUGGCAGAGUUCAGAUUCGGUAUAAUGAGCAGUGGGGCGCAGUGUGUCACUCGGGCUGGAGUCUAGCAGAUUCUGCAGUGUUGUGUCAAGAGCUGGAUUGUGGAGACACUGCAGAGCUGAAAGAGUAUGUGGAAACUUCAGGGCAAACAUCGAUGGAUGAACUGGCCUGUACAGGAAAUGAGUUUACAGUGCGGGACUGUCCUUUUACCGGAUGGGGUGUGAGCAGUUGUUUGAAUGCGGGAGUUUUUUGCCAAACAACUGUGAGACGAGUUGUGGUAAAGAUUGUGGUGAAGGCCGAGAUUGGAGUCAACGUCAAUGACCCAGAUAUCAAGAAUAAGCUUCUGGAUAUGAUGAGGCAUGUGGUUGAAAGUAAAGGGAAGUAUAGUGUGAACUGGAGAACACAUCCUGAUGAGCAGGUAUUCCACCAGCAGAGAACAGCCACAGACAGGGCUAAAGAACUAAAGCAGCUAAACUAGGCAGCUGCACAGUCAGGACAGCAAGGAGAAAGAUUUUAUUUCUGAAUAUAAAUCUAAAUUAACUUUCCUAGUGACGCUACUGCCUUCCCUCGCCUCUACCUUAGAGCGGCAUCAGCAGUCUGCAUGCAAAACACCCUGAAGUACAUCCAAAACUGCCUUCAAAGCGAAUUAAACUGUCUGUACAGGAAUACAAAAGAUGACGACUUUUGCUGCUAUUGAUGACAAAUUAGUUUUAAAGCCCGUCACGCGCUUCUGAGAGGUAGGCUUGUGUAUGUGUGUGUGUGUGUUUGUUUGUUUGUGUGUGUGUGUGUGUGUGAAAGCAGGGGAGAAGUCAUGUGGCUCACCUUAUAGUGCGUGCGUAAUAUUUAUUGUAUAAAGCCUAUGACAUAUAUUAAUGUUUAUAAUAUUUAUAACCGCUACUAAGAGCUGUGCAUGUGCAAGCAGCAGAAUUUUGGGGUGUAUGAGCACCUAUUGCACACCGUCAAAUCCUAAU